UUCUUCGUUCCUUAGUGCUCCACUUUAUUCUAGACUCUGGACGUUUCUCUUUUGCAGGUUGUUCGUAAGGACAAGCAGUAGGUCUCUUUCGUAGAGUCUUUAAAGCUUAUAUUUUUUUAGUUAAAUCUUUAUCCAUAAAUAUAAAAUGCCUCCAAAGUUCGAUCCCAGUGAAGUAAAAAUUGUUUACCUGAGGUGUGUUGGAGGUGAAGUCGGAGCUACUUCCUCCUUAGCUCCUAAGAUCGGUCCAUUGGGUUUGUCACCCAAGAAGGUGGGAGAUGACAUUGCCAAAAGCCCACAUCGGACUGGAAAGGGGUUGAAAAUCACAGUUCAACUGACCAUCCAGAACAGACAGGCCACCAUCUCUGUCGUCCCUUCUGCCGCCUCUCUUGUCAUCAAAGCUCUCAAAGAACCCCCUCGUGAUAGGAAGAAGGUCAAAAAUGUAAAACACAGUGGAAACUUUAGCGUUUGAGGAGAUUAUCAACAUUGCCAGAGUGAUGAGGCCGAGAGGUC